AUGCGGCCGUCCGAUCUUCAAACGUGCCGUUGCAACACAAAGGAUGUGGACGGGAGCCCUUCCCGUCUGAUGUCACGUCCUUGGCCUUUAAAAGUCCCUCGGGAAAAAGGAGGGAAUCGCACCGAGUCCAGCUCGGCCGCUCAGCGCGGGGGCAAGUGCGGGAUCCGAGCCGGGCCGGUCCUGCCACCGACCCGCGGGGGAAGAGGGGGUCCGGGGCCCGGCAGCCGGUCCGCGAGCAUGGCCAGGGGCCCAGCCCGGCCCCCGUUCCUGCUGUGGGUCCUCGGCAGCCUGGGGGCGGCCGCUGGCUCCCCGCCCUCCUUGCCCGGGCCCGGCCCGGCCUGGGGGGCGCCCAGCCCGGCCUGGGGGGCGCCCAGCCCGGCCUGGGGGGGGCUGACCCACUUGUACACGGCGACCGAGCGGAGCGGCGUCCACCUGCAGAUCCGCAAGGACGGACGCGUGGACGGGACGCCCCGCCAGACCGUCUACAGCGCCUUGUCGAUCAAGGCAGAAGACGCCGGGACGGUGGUGAUCACGGGUGUGAAGAGCGGCCGCUACCUGUGCAUGCAUCCCCGAGGCCACGUCUUCGGCUCGCACUCCUUCAGCCCCGAGGGCUGCCGCUUCGCGCACCGGCGGCUGGAGAACGGCUACGACGUGUACCACUCGCCCUCGUCCCUCCUCCUGGUCAGCCUGGGCCGGGAGAAGCGCGUCUUCCAGCCGGGGGCCAACCCGCCGCCGCUCGCCCAGUUCCUGCCCCGCCGCAACGAGCUCCCGCUGGCCCGCUUCCACACCCCGGCGCCCCGCCGCCGCCGCCACACCGGCCACGCUCCCCCGGACGCCAGCGACCCUCUGGUCAGCGAGGUGGUCCACAUGGUGGGCGCCUCCCGCCGGGCCCCGCCCGGGCCCCCCGACCCGCCCCAAAGCCCCAGGCCCGACCCCGGAGACCCCGCCGGGGUCCUGCACUACUGGCCCGCCUACUGGCCCGCCGGGCCGCCCCCGACCGGCUAGGCCUGGACCCCCUACUCCUCUCCCAACCGGGGACCCCUCCCUCCAGCAAGGCCCCUGGGCAGCCCAUUCCUCUUUAAAGAAUUAGGCCCCCCGGGGGAGAGAGAGAGGGGGGCGCGUAACUCAGUGUCCCCUCACCCCCGAGCUCCCUCCAGAAAGGCCCCUGGGCAGCCCAUUCCUCUUUAAAGGAUUUAACCCCCCCAGGGGAGAUGGAGGCGCGUGACUCAGUGUCCCCCCCACCCCGAGCUGCAGGUCAGCAAGUGGGGCACAGCUGGUGAACCCAAACCACCCCCCAGCCCUGCCCCCUUGCUCACGGGUAGGAAUAUUUAUUUAUUUAUUUGGCCAGUAGCGCCUAGCCGGGGUAUCUACGGAUAUGCUGUAUCCCUCUCUUCGACUUCGGGAGGCUUAAAAGGAGAAAUAAAACGCUCGCUCCCCUUAU